GGUUUUGAACAGCGUCGGUGGAUUCUGUUCUCUGUUUGUCGUGAAGGUAACGAUCCCAUCAAACAUCAUUUUUAGAGGUUUUCUUGUGGAGUAAAAAUUUGAAGCCUACAAACGUUCUGGAAUUUGUCUUUCUUCCCAAGGUCGAGUGACUUUCUCUUGCUGCUUCAGAGUCUAAUUACUAUGGCUGCCAACGACCGCCCGCCUAAUCAGAUGGAAAAGGAACAGAUCUUUGGUAUGGCGGAGAAGGAGAUGGAGUAUAGGGUUGAAUUGUUCAACAAGCUUACGCACACGUGUUUCAAUAAGUGCAUUGAGAAAAGGUACAAGGAAGGUGAGCUGAACAUGGGGGAAAAUAGCUGCAUUGACCGUUGCGUCUCAAAGUACUGGCAGGUAGUGACCAAUCUCAUAGGGCAGUUGCUUGGUUCCAGUCGGCCGCCUAUGUGAAUUUUCAGCGUGUUUGUCUAAUUACGCCAUAUAUUGGUGGUUGGCUGCCAAAGAUUUCAGCUACUUCAUUCCCAAAUUGCAUGGAUUUUACCUAGUUGGUAUGCAUCAUAGAGCUAUGAAUUAAUUUGCACUGUUGGAAGGCACUGCCUUUAUUAAGUUGCAAAAAUUUUUGGCCUAUUAUAGGAAAGUUCCUUGGAACUUAUUAUUUGUUAGAUGGCAAGAGUAACACAUCCUGAUUGUGGCUUAUAUCAAGAUAACCAUAUCUGUUUUUCA